AUGAGAAUUAUAGAGCCCGGCAACUGCAAUGUAAGUACCAUAAAUCAUUUGCCAAACGGCAGAACUGCUCGAGAGCCAGUGAAAGAGGAGGGAUCACCCUAUAGGAAAUCCGAACAACACUUUGCGAACAAGAAAUAUUACCAUGUAAAGGCAAGUCGUGCACGAAGCGGGGGAGAAAGCCCCCCCCAUGUAACUCCCCCCAAACAAAAUACCCACAGCGAUGAUAAAAAUGAGAAAGAUAACAAGGGAUCAGGCUCACCCAAAGGAGAGUCAGAAUUAUCAGAGAGAAGCACAACGCUCAACUCGAUACCAACGAUGAACAUAUGGGAAAAGUACAACAUGGAUGAAUUCCCCCGAGGCAGGCACUUAAAGGGUGAGGACCCAAACUGGAGACUACAAAAGAAUUGCCAAGACGCAAAGGAUAAUUCAAAUAUCAAUGAGGAGAAAAGGAAAAAUAUUUCCUUUCCAGAAGGGGGUAGAAGCAAACGUAUAGACAAGAUACCAGGGGAUGUGUCAAACGGCGUGGCCCAUUUGAAAAAAAUAUACAGGCUAACAGAAGGGGGUAGCUCUCCACAGCAUUUCAAACACAAUUCCGAAAUGGAAGAGGACAGUUCUAUAAGGGUUCUCUCCAGUGAAAACUCAAGUGAUCCAUACGAUAAGAAAAAAACAACCAAUUGUUUCUCUGGUGCAUAUAAGAUAAGUACCCAGGAGACACCCCCCAUGAGGGAGGUAAUAAUUGAAAAUACAACAAGGGGGAACCCGUUUGAUCCUCCUAGCGCUGGAGGUAAUAUAGAGAAGACCCCCACCUGUUGGCAGAAUGGAGCGCGGAAAAUCGCUACAAGUACUUUUAAUGUUGAAGCCGCAGCAAGGGGGGAGAGAAACGAAGGGGGGAGGAAAGCGAUGGAGGGAGAUACCAAGAGGAGUCACACCGUUACUGAAAAAUGCCAAUUGAAAGAGCGCCAUUUAAAGAGGGACAUCCCAAGUGAUGGUACUAACAAUGGAGAUGGCGAGGAAGAUAAUGACAGACCCGCAUCCACCCCCAUAGGUGCACCCACCCCCCCAAACGAAAUUGAACAAUUAAAAGAAGAAAUAAAAAAGGAAGUUUACAACAGAUUAACCAUCGCACUAGACAUUAACAUGAAUUUAAACGAGAAAGAAAAGUACUAUGAUCUUUUUAAAAAAAAAAAAAAAUUUCAAACAUAUAUUAUGAAGAGCUGCAAGUUUGUGAUAAUUCUUGGAAAGCACCUGAAUCUGUCGUUCAGCACCAUUUCCAUGGCCCUGUAUUAUCUGCAUAAAUAUUACGAGAAAGUUCUGAAGAGGAAGAAGAAUGCGUUGCCCUACUUGAUUGGUGGUGCUUGUAUAUUCCUCGCAUGGAAAAUGAGAGAGGACAUGGAAAAUAUGCGUAGGUCUAAAAAGCUCUACGACAUUCCGAAGAUGAUUUUUAAGUUACUUAAUUAUUUUGACAAGAAAAAAAAAAUUAAAAAAAAAAUGAGGGAGCUACAAGUUGACAUGAUCCUCAGUGGGUGUGCUUACCGCAAGUGUGAAGGCCUUUCGGAUGAACACACUUUCGUUUCAACGGGGGGAAGCGCAGAAAAGGUGGUAAAUGAAGAAGGUGCAAAUGGAUGGAGUCGCGGACAAGAAACCCUUCCUCCUAGAGAGGUAUCCCAAAAAGUGUCUCCCCCUCGCAGUGGAAAAAAAAAGAGAAAGCUUUCCCCCAAGGACGACGUGAAGAAGCAGCCCUCUGAAAAACCAACCGAAGGGACCAAUCUACACGUAGACCUGACCCCAAUAAAGCACAUAAUCAAUACGGGCUAUGUGUCUGACGUGAAUAACAUAAACCAUGUUAGUGAUUUUUUCAAUUCGUAUCUUUCAGAGUGUAAUAGCAGGGACGUGUCCGAGUAUGAGGUCGCGGAGGGGGCGUGCAGCGAUCAUGACGGUAAAAGGGACGGUCAAAAGGAAGGUAGCCAGGACGGUAAAAGGGACGGUAAAAGGGACGGUAAAAGGGACGGUCAAAAGGACGGUCAAAAGGAAGGUAGCCACGACGACCCAUGUGGCGACCGGGAGGAGACCCCCCCCCAAACAUAUCUGAAGCACUUCCAACAGCUGUGCAAAAGGGAGAAGCGAAAAAUACACAUAUCGGCCUCCAAGUGGGUUCUAAAAAACUGCGGACAGAAACUACAACUAAUGCAGAAGGUAAUCAUUUACUACGAAGGGGAGAUUCUCAAAAGUAUCAACUACUUUCUAAAGCCAGACAAAUUUUCCUUCGAUCUGUUACCAUCCUUCAUUGGAAGCUUCGUUGAUAUCAUGAAAGACUAUGUGAUGGAGGACGAGGUAGUCACCCUGCAAAAAAUCGCCUCCCUCAGUUUCCUCGAUUAUUACAAAACCCCACUUUGCUUGAUCUUCACUUCGAAGGAGAUAAUGGUGGCUUCCAUCCUGCGCGCAUAUAUUUCCUUCAAGUGGAUUUGUGGCCAGUUGGACCUGCAGACCAUGUCUCUCUACGAUUUUGAAAAGAAGGCGACCCGCUUCAUUCGGCACGUCAGUUCGAAGAACCCCAUCAGCAUAACCCGAGUGAAGAUGGCAUUACGGGAAAUCAGGCUAUUCACCGAGUGA